AUGGGGUUCAAGGGGCAACUGCCAUGGCCACCUAAGGUUGUAGGACUGUCUUUCAAAGCUACCUAUGCCGUGUACAACAUCAGGACCAGGGAGCUAUGGGACCUAAUGCCCCCACGGACAAAUGAAACAACCUUGCAGCAUGCGGCAUGGGGACCUCAGGGAAGUCAGCUGGUUUUUGUCUAUGAUAAUGAUAUUUACUAUCAGAAGAGUGCUUUAAGUCCCGCACUUCGACUAACAUCAUCAGGGAAGCCAGGAACUGUGCUGAAUGGCAUCACUGACUGGACCUAUCAAGAUGAGAUUUUGCACACUUAUUCUGCCCUUUGGUGGUCUCCUGAUGGAACUAGACUUGCCUACCUUUCCAUCAAUAACUCGCUAGUACCCAACAUGGAGCUACCACAUUUUGUUGGGGCUGAUUACCCAUCCAGCAAGAAAUAUGCCUACCCAAAGGCUGGACAGCCAAUUCCAUGGGUAAAGGUUUAUGCUGUUAAUUUGAAUGGUCCAUCCCAUUCUGUAGAGCUCCUUCCUUCUGAUACGUUUCAGCACAGGGAGUAUUAUAUCACCUUGGUUAGAUGGAUAAGUAACGAUAGUCUAGCUGUACAGUGGUUAAACCGACCGCAGAACCUGUCUGUUCUCACCUUCUGUGAUGCCACCACUGGUGUUUGUAUGGAGAAGUACCGAGCUUCAUCAGAAAGAUGGAUCAGUAUCCAGGGUGAUCCUGUGUUCUCAAAAGAUGCUAUUUUUCUCCCAGUGUCUGUGAAACAAGGCGCACAGGGGGAAUUUGUACAUGUUGCCAUGAUGUCUACUCAGCUUGGCAGCAAGGAAGAAAACUUACGCAUGCUGACCUCUGGUGACUGGGAUGUGACAAGGAUUGUGGCCUAUAAUUUACAGACCCGAACAGUUUACUUUCUGAGCACAGAAGAAAUGGCCAGAAGAAGACACCUGUAUAGUGUAGAGACAUCAGGGUCUCUAGACCGGAGCUGUGUGACCUGUGACCUGUUCCCAGACUGCAAUUUUGUGGAUGCGAUAUUCAGUUCUGAUUGCAACUACUUCAUCCUAUACUGCAAAGGCCCAGGAACUCCACAGGUGUCUGUACAUCAUACUCAAAAUCCUAGAGAUUUCCUUGUCAUUGAAGAUAACAAGAUGCUGAGAGAAUCCCUGAGUACCAAGGAUAUUCCAGAGAUAGAGUUUAGGUCCAUAAGGCUUGAUAAAUAUGAUCUCACGGUUCGUUUGACUCUUCCCUCUGGGUACCAAGACUCACUAUUCCCUUUGGUUGUGUGGCUGCCAGAGGCUCUUGGUUCACAGCAGGUCACAGAAGAAUUUUCUCUUGGAUGGGAAUCUGUCCUUGUCAGCUCUUUCCGGAUUAUUCUGGCUCAGUUUGAUGGCAGAGGGUCCAAGAACCGUGGAAUGCAGCUUCUUCAUGACAUUGACCACAGAUUGGGUUCUGCUGAAAUUAAAGACUACCAGCUAUUGGCCCAGCACCUGAAGCGGUUACCAUUUGUGGACAAAAAAAGAAUUGGAGUUUUUGGGAAGGCAUAUGGAGGGUUCCUGGCCUUGAAGUUUCUGGCUUUAUCUGAAGAUAUGUUUACAUGUGGUGUAGCUGUUGCUCCUGUCACUAACUUCCAUCUUCACUCGGCACUCAUUUCUGAAAGAUAUUUGGGACUGCCAUCUCAAGAGACGUCAGCCUACAUGAUGGCCUCUGUGCUGAAUGAUAUUCAGAAGCUGGAGGAGAAGCAGUUUCUGUUGGUCCAUGGAACUGCAGAUGCCAAAGUACAUUUCCAGCACACAGCGGAGCUACUAAGUCGUCUGAUUCAGGCUGGGGCUAAUGUCACUAGCCGGAUUUAUCCGGAUGAAGAUCACUGCUUCCUUUCAAAAGGAAGUAGGUAUAAUCUGCAACAGUCGAUAAUAUCCUAUCUGCAGAAUUGUCUGGAAACUGGCGGCAGGAGAUUCAGGUCACAAUGAACAUGAAUUUGAAGAUCUGGCGAUGAGUGUAUCCUGCCGGUCACUGCCUAAAACAACUCGUUAUAACUUGUUGGGAUUUAUGUGGCAGGUCAUAGGUUGUGUAAUCAGACAGGGUUUCCACCCAGAGCGAGAGAACGUGUGUACGCAUAUCAAUGCCAUGCAUCCCUGGUCCCUGGUUGGUGCUCCCUUUAAUAAGAAUUAUGGCUUCAGACACUAGGGGAACAUGAAGCCAUCAGAGAGUCUUCCCAUAGACAAAAAAAAGCCUCAAAACAUUUAUUUUUUGUAAUUACAUGUAACAAAUUGCAUGCAGGAAUCUGCUUGUCCAUAUCAGCUUGUAAAGUAUAUUUACUGAAUGAACAUCAAUACCCUUUUCAGAGACGACAUUAAUAUGUGACAGAAUGCAUUUCUGCAAUGGUUUGCGGCACUCUCCACCCUUCACCAACUAUGUCAUUUGGUUACAUUGAUUGCUUUGUGCCUUGUUUUGAUUGUGCCUGUAAUUGGGAUCUUCCUGUAUAAUGACUUAAAAAUUCACCACUCUAAUUCGAUGCAUGUACUGAAUAAUAUAAAUAAAAGCUCA